GAUUGCAGCAACACAAUGCAAUCUUUAUCGACCGCUCGUGCAGCCGCUCGAGGCGCGCUCUUCACAACUCCGAUUUCGAUUUCACGACUUGAGUCCGAGAACCGAGCAUGUCCCAUCUGUCACGAACAGUACAUCGAACCUCCAGUAACUGAGCAUGGCCAUCAGACUUCUGAUCGAGAAUGGGCAGUUAGCGUGGACAUGGUCGCCGAAUGGUUUGGUCGCAAACGAUGCUGUGGGCACAUCAUUGGACAUAGAUGUCUCCAGGCGCACCUUCAAGCUUCUGGGCCUUGGAGAAACAAAUGUCCUUUGUGCCGAAACGUCUGGUUUCAUCAUUCCAACGAAGACGAUAACUUGGUAGACGAACCUGGGCAAACCGGGGAAACGCGUAUAGACCCGAUUUCCAGCUCCCUAAGGCGCAGUCGUAGAAUUGCGGACCAAACGGCAGUACGGCGAGAGACGCCCGUCACUCCAACGAGGGAUCGAGCCGGAACCAACCAACACUCAUACCACACAUCGAUUCGAAAACGAUCUCGUCGCACAGCCCAAUUUACGCAACAACUACUGGAGACGCUGGAGGUUGCCGUAGGAAGUGUUGAAGUAAGGGGCACCUUGGAGGAAGUUGAGAGGAAACUGGAAGCUUUGUAUUGCAGUAUGUGA